AUGAACAAACUAAAGUCAGCAGGAUACUUCACUUGGCAAUUGCGUGCGCAAUGGCACUCCAUUUCGCAUCUUCAUACGUCCACCAGAUUACAACUACCUCGAUUUUCCUUUAACAGAACAAGUCCAAGCAAUCGCACUAGAGUUACCACCGAGAUUACUCCUGAGGAAGUUCAAAAAUUCAGAGAGGCUCAACAGCGUGCCAAAGAGAGAGGUUCGUUCGACCAGAGUUCCUCGCCCUAUACUGCCAACGAUGAAUUUCCUUCUUAUCAGUCACAAUUUUACAUCCCCAAUAACACCAAUGGGAUUAUAACUCCUCAAGAUCCCAUCUACGAUAUACUCUCGGAACCCACUUUGGUCAUUGAAAGACAAAUUGAGUUUAUGAAUUUGUUUAUUGGGUUUGAACAAGCCAAUAAUUAUACCAUUAUGAACUCUAGUGGACAACCAAUUGGAUUCAUGAGGGAAAAGGAUAUUGGAUUUGGCCGUACUUUGGGUCGUCAAUUUUUCCGGUUGCAUCGUCCUUUUGAUAUUGAUGUUUUCAAUAUGCAAGGAGAACUAGCCUUGAGUAUUAAGCGUCCCUUUUCAUUCAUAAAUUCUCAUAUCAAGGCGUUGUUGCCUGGGUAUGAUCACAACAAUGAGAUGAUUUACGAAGUGAUUGGGGAAAGUGUACAAAGAUGGCAUUUGUGGAGACGGAAGUAUAAUUUGUUUAAAUUAGAGGACGAAAAGACGGAUGAUUAUGAACAGUUUGGAGAUGUUGAUGCUCCCUUUUUAUCAUUUGAUUUUCCUAUAAAGAAUGAAGACGGUAAAGUCAUUGCAAGUGUGGAUAGAAAUUGGGUCGGAUUAGGUAGAGAAAUGUUUACAGAUACCGGGGUGUAUAUAUUGAGAUUCGACCCUCAAAGUUUCCAAGGUAUGGAGAGCUAUUAUGGAGAUAUCAGCUCGAGUGGAGUUACAAUGGAUCAAAGAGCAGUCAUUUUGUCAUGCUUCACUAGUAUUGACUUUGAUUAUUUUUCUCGACACAGUAGCGGACAUGGUUUGUUUUCAUUUGGAGGUGGUUACGAUGAAGUAUAG